AGAGCGGGGAGAGCAGCGGAGAGAGAGCAGCGCCCGCCGCCCGCGCUGCGGCUCGGGCUCCCCCCGCUGCCGCCAGCACCAUGCAGCCCCCCGCCCUCAGCGCCCUCCUGCUCAUCGCCUGCUUCGGCAGCGCUUGGGGAAACCUCUCCCGCGACGAGAGCCAGCCCACGACAUCGGAUGAGACCGUGGUGGCCGGGGGCACGGUGGUGCUCAAGUGCCAGGUGGAGGAUCCCGAUGAUUCCUCGCUCCAGUGGUCCAACCCUGCCCAGCAGACCCUGUACUUCGGGGAAAAGCGAGCCCUGCGGGAUAACCGGAUCCAGCUGGAGCGCUCCACGCCCAACGAGCUGACCAUCAGCAUCAGCGACGUGGUGCUGGCCGACGAGGGCGAGUACACCUGCUCCAUCUUCACCAUGCCCGUCCGGACGGCCAAGGCGCUGGUCACCGUGCUGGGAAUCCCCCAGAAGCCGCAGAUCUUCGGCCACGAGCAGCCCAUCGACGAGGAGAAGGUGGCCCGGCUCAUCUGCCGCUCCUCCGGCAGCAAACCCGCGGCACAGCUGCGCUGGAGGAAGGGCAACAGGGAGAUCAAGGACUCGGGCACUGAGGUGGUUGAGGACCCCAAUGGCAAAACCUUCACAGUGACCAGCAGGGUGGAGUUCCGUGUCACCAAGGAGGACAACGAGGUCGAGGUCACCUGCACCGUGGACCACGAGUCCCUGCAGAACUCUGAGAGGUCAACCACGCAGAAGCUGCAGGUCCACUACAAGCCGACGGCGAAGAUCGAGCCCCACCCGCAGUACCCGCGGGAGGGGGAGAAGCUGCAGCUGCAGUGCGAUGGGCAGGGCAACCCCAUCCCGCAGGAAUUCCUCUGGGAGAAGGAGGGCAGCGACGCGCCGCUGCAGCUCAGCUCGGACAGCGUCCUCAUCUUCCCGUUCCUCAACAAGAGCGACAGCGGCACCUACGUGUGCACGGCCACCAGCUCCAUGGGCAGCGUGGUGGCCAAGUACAACCUGGAUGUCAGCGAUGUUCCCCAGCUCCCCACCCCACACGUUCACUCCACUCCAGGCCCUUCCCAGCCCAUCUCUCAUGCUUCCAUGGCCUCAGCUCCAUCCUUCACUCCAGCUCUCAUCCAAGAUGCCAGCCCAGUGCCCUCGACCUCCAGCACCUACCACGCGAUGAUCGGCGGGGUGGUGGCUGUCAUCGUCUUCCUGCUGCUCAGCCUGCUCAUCGUGCUGGGACAUUACCUGAUCAGGCACAAAGGCACUUACCUGACCCACGAGGCCAAAGGCUCGGACGACGCUCCGGACGCCGACACCGCCAUCAUCAACGCCGAGGGCGGCCAGGCCGGCGGCGACGACAAGAAGGAGUAUUUCAUCUAAAAACAAAAAAAACGGGGGUCAGAAAGAGAGAAAGAGAGAGUGAGAGAGAAAGAAAUGGAGCCAAGAGAACCCCGAUGGCAACAGCAACCAGACCACAAACCCCACAAAACCCAACAGAUUUUCUCUGGGGGACGGACGGACAGAGGGACGGAGAGCAGGGAGAGCCACCGACGCUUCUUGAACUUUGUACAAAUCCAGCCAAGAGCCCCCAGCCCUGUUUGCUUGCUUGCACCUCCAUCCCCACUCAGCCAAACCCACAGAACAAGCUGUGAGUGAGAGAAUUCUUCCUUCUUCCUUUGGAUCUUUUUAUUGCUUUUUUUUUUUUUUUUGGUUUUGUGGCUGCUCUUUGCUUCGGGCACUUGGUUGGGGGUGUUGGGCUGGGGUUGAUGUAGCUCUUCCCUUUGUUUCUCUCUGUUUUGGUUUCUUUGAUAUUCCCAAGGAUAAAAAUCAGCUCUGGGUUCCCAGGGUGAGUUUGGGACUCUGAGUUUGUCCCCCCUCCUCAGUGCUGGGGGUGACUCCAGCUGGGAGCAGAGUCAGACCCUGCCCCAGUUUUAUCCUUGCUGGUUCUUGUGGAGCAGUGUCCAUGCAGGAGCAGAGCUGUCCUCGUGCAGUCAGUGUGUGAAAAGGGGGUGAAAAAUGUCCAGGGUGGGACCCCCAGACAGACCAGGAGCCCCCACAUCUCCCUGAUCCCACCCCAGUGGGAGGGGGGGAAGGCUGAGAUUUUAUUUUGGAAGGGGCAAAUCCAGAGGGGGGAAAAGGCCCUGAUUUUUUUUUUUUUUUUUAAUUUUUCCUAAAUUCUCUGAUUGGAAAUAUUAAUUUGAACCAUCUAUUGAGAUGUUCAGUGCAGGAGGCAGCCCCCCUGGGGCUGGGGCUGCUUCCCUGGGACCCCCAGAGCAGGAGUGGGGUCUCUGUGCCCCCCUUCCCUCCCCAGCCCCUUCCCAGGGCAGGGAUGAGCUUGGAAAGGGCUGAUUGUCCCAACCAACAGUGGCCAAAACAGCUGGAUUUGGGGUCUGGGGGAGUUUGGGUGUCCCCACAGAGGCUUUGGGGUCCUCCUGCCUCUUUCACCAUCACUUCCAAGACAAAACCAAACAUUCUUCCCAACUCUCCAGCACAGCCUUGGGAUGGAGCUGCUUCCCCCAGCACGGUCAGGGACACCCCCAACCUUUGGGAUGAGGUUUCCUGGGAUCCCACAUCCCAGCCUGGGUUGGGGGAGCUGCCCUUGGCUCGGGCACCCCGCGGAUUUGGGGUUUUCUGGAGGAGGGCAGCCUCGCCUGGGAGGUCACCCCUUGGAUUUGGGGUGGUCUGGAGGACGAGGAGCCCCUCCAGGAAGGAAGUAAAAGUCUUUAGGAGUGGGAAACCUCACCUGGGAGACAGAGGAAGAAUUUUAGCAUCUCUUGCCCCCCUUCUAAACCCUGCCAGCACCUGGCACUGGGUCAUCUGUGGGGUGUGAGGGGAGGCAGAGGAGGCCCAGCUCAGUGGCCUUGGGGACACUUUAGGUGUGACAGUGGCUCAGGAGUGGUGGCAGCACCAGGAGGGAGCAGCACACAGAGCUUUUUGGGGUUUCCUUUGCUGGGCACAGCCGUUUUUUGGGGUGUUUUUUCCUCCCUUGCCACCUCUUGGAGGGGUAAUCCUGGGGCAGGGAAGGCUUUUCCCUCCUGGAAUUGAGGUUUUUUUUUGCUGCUCCAAGAGGCAGGGAGAAGAGCCUGGGUUUGGUGUUUUUUGAGGUGUUUUUGGUGUUUUUGGUGUGAGGUGUGGCAGGGCAGCCCAGGCAGGGAGCUGUGGAGGUGUCAGUGUCACCUGUGUGGGGGGGGAUUUGGGGACCUGCUGAGGUGACAGAGAGAAGCUGGAAGGGCUCAGAGGAUCCAUCUGAGCAGGAACCAAAGGGUUCGGUGGAGAUCAGAGCAGCGGAGGAGAUUUGUGUCACACCUGGGGGGGGGGUGACAGGAACAACCGGGUCACAGCAGCGCGAGGCUGUGGGGGUGACAGGGACCCUCCCAAGGAGGGAGGAUUCCAGGUGGGACACUCCACCUGGCAAGAAGGUGCCGGGAAAAGCCCUUCUGGGGUCGCUGGGGGUGCCAGGGUGGGGUGUGACCCCCGUCCUCAUCCCCUCGGGGGGUUGGUGUGACAGCUGAGCAGGGCUGGGUGUGACACCGAGGGGGGAGGAGGGAGGUGACAGAAGCGGUGUCACCGUGUCUGGGAGAGCCCGGGCCGCCAGCUUGGUGGCCCCACAACCCACCCAGUCACGGGGUGGGGCUGAAAGAAUUGAAACUGGGACCCCCCCCCGGGUGGCUGCAGCCGCUGAACUCUCAAUAGACACGAAAGCCAUAUUUUGGGGAGCUCUGGAGAGGCCGGGGGGGCAGAGGCUGGGCUGUGUUGUUGUGCUGUGUUUUUUUGUCUGUACAUAAAAGGGAGCCAACGACCGUCGAUGUGACUUUAUAACCUUUCUAAUAUCCUGUGCUAAUCUCGGAAAAUAAUCCUAUAAAUAUAUCUGGAUUACA